UGGAACAAUUGGAAGUGCGAUAAGCGCCUAUAGAAUUCCAACCGCUCGCCCCAGCCAGUCAGUUGAAAUCGGAGCUGCCUGCGAAUUAUCCACUAUCCAUGACCGACCGGCAAUCGCUCCUCUGAUACUGCGUCAUCCGAAUCCGAAGGAAAAGUUUGAUUACCCCAGGAAAACUCAUAAUCGGAAGCCCCAGAAGUGAUUUGUGGUCAACUGGUGUGCAAGGUGUUGCUGCUGUUGCACUUGCAACUUCAUUGGGCAACAUUGUGUGAUUUGGCAGGAAAAGGCUCUUGAAAAGCGGAAGAGUUCCUACACUUGACGUCACUGGGCAACGGGAGGUGAAGCAAGAGGAGGAGACGAAGGGUUCGCCACUGGUCAGCUGCCUCACCCUGCGGCGAUAAGCCCAAGUGCAGCCAAUCGAAAAGAAGCCAGAGUGGAUAAGGCGUUGGGAACCCGAUAGCCGAACCCAGCAUCAUGCAGACGACGACAAGUCAGCGCCCAGUAACGCCUGGAACUCCAGACUCGGCGCAUAUUGUAAUCGGCGCCGCGGGAUUUGUGGCACACGAGAGACGCCAGCCCGGAAAGACCCUGAUGAAUUGCUUUCGCGAUCGCUCCACGACGUCGUCGUCAUCGUCGCAGGCCCAACACGCCUAUAUGCGCGGCCACAGCGUCACAACGAGCACUCUGUUCCGCCUGGAGGGCAGUGGUGGCUCCAAUUGCACCUUGGACAAGGCGGGAAAACAUGAUUCCGGGCGGCCCGAGGCGGUCGUCCUCCUCAGAGAGCUGAAAACCAGACCCAACAAGCUGGCGCUGCUCAAGAGCAGCAGCACCAAGGAUCUGACCCGCCUGUUCCUGGACGAUUCAACCAACACAGCUGUGCUGGUGUCCAACACCAGUCUCGAUGUCUGCUCCUCGAACUCCAGCUCUGGCGGCAGUCCGGCGGUGGGCAGGUCCAAGUCAGGCAGGGAUCGCCGCAGUGGAAUGGAGUGCUGCAGCAGCUGCUCCAAGCGCUGGCACGAUCUCAAGCAGCGUAUGCACACUCUGGAGCAGGAUCUGCUCGUCCAGACCACAUACAGCCAGGAGCUGGAGCAGAAGGUGGCCGAAAUGAGUCGCCAAUUGUCGGAGCUGCUUCAGGAACGCGACAGGGAAAGGGACAAGGAUAAACCGCGCUUCGCAGGACCAAGCGGUGUUGCAGCGCCUGGCAAGCGAUCUGCUAAUGGCAGUCCCAAUGUCCGACCCUCGCGCCUGGUGGCCUGGAUGAACCUGUCCAACUGGUUCAAGAGCAGACCCAGCGUGGAGACGCUGCGGGAACAGCGCAUCUUCUUCGACGAGCCCUGCUUCGAUACGGACCUGGAGAUGGUUCUUAAGCACGACCAGCACCGCACAGUGCCGCGCAUCGUUGUGGAUUGCUGCGAUCUUAUCGAGCAAAAGUACCGCAGAUCCACGCAGCCCAUUGAGGGGAUCUAUCGGCAGUGCGGCGAUUACAAUAAAAUCCAAACGCUGCGCUUCAGCAUCGACGCCAAUGACUAUGAUUCACUGCGUCAGCCGGACGUCGAUAUACACACGUUGACCGGUGUGCUGAAGCUCUUCCUGCGCGAAAUCAAGAGUCCGCUGGUCAGUGUCAACGAGGCCAAGACCUUCAUUGGACAGCCCAAUCAGUGGUUGUUAACCGAUCUUUCUGUGAAGUUGGACUCCCUGAAAAGACUGAUACGCUCGCUGCCGGAGAGCAACCGGGACACCAUGGAUUACAUCUUCGGGCACUUCAAUAGAAUCACCAAGGUGCCGCUGCAGCAGAUCAGCGCGGAGACGCUGUCCAUAUCGGUGACGCCCUCGAUUUUCCACACGGUGCCGCAGGGCGUCCACAUGCAGGACAUCCAGCAACUUCUGCGCGAGGGCGAAACACUGGCCGACUGCGUGAAGCUGAUGAUUGAGUACCAGGGGCGCAUAUUCGACCGCUUAUGCCUCAUCCAAACCGCUCACCUACUGUGCCGUUGUUUCGAUCGCUUUGCUAACCACUCGAAAUUGAACCUGAACCCGAACCUGAACCCACUGUACCUGCAACACCUAUCCCCAUUCCACGAUUCCGAUCCCAAUCCCGAUCACGUCGCCUACAGAUGCACCGCCGAUCGCCGCCGCCUGAGCAUGCGCAACCUGAAGAAGACUCUGUCGCAGCCGGACCUGCUCUUCCACAAUCUAUUCUGAUUCGGGCCAGUGACAUGGAUCCUUAAUGCCAGAGAGAGCACUGUACAUAUGGAAUGACUUUAGGCCUCACUAGCAAGUGUGUCCUAAACUUAUUUUUUUCUAUUUUUACUUUAUCAACUAACUUUUGUACUUAUGUUUAAUAAACUAAAAGGUUUUCCACCUUUA